ACAACGGCAUUUUCCAAGUUUCGAAUAAUUUUAGUUUAUAGCCCCUCGGUGAUUUCCCAUGUUUUCAUGAAUGGUACUUUAUUACUGUAAAUUGCUGUUUCCGCGGCACAACGAAAAAUCCAUUUCCAAGAUAAUAUUCAUACGAUUUCGCUUCAGAGAGAGGAUUUUUCGUGAACCUGAGUAUAGCAUGCUUGACGAUAUCAUUUUUUACGUUUUAUCCUUCAUCGCAGCUCAUGGAAAUAUGAAACUCCACAACACAGUGUCCAAUGCCCAAUUGAGAUUUUCCAUGUUGAAGAGAUAAUGAAGAGUUCUAGUUAUCGUUUUGUUAUGAAGGAAUUUUCUGAACUUUUAGUAACAGCAAUUAAACCUAUUUCAGUCUUCAAUGGGAUGACAAGUAUCUUUUGGAAAACUAAUGUUUUCGAUUGUCAGAAUUUGUUAACAUUACUGUUUUUUGCAUGCGUUGGUAUAUAGUCUAGGAAUACCUUUGGGAUGAUUCGUUAUAAUUGUUUCGAGUAUUCCCAAAGUAAAUCCAUUACAACAACGUCCUCCAGGCUCUGGUUCUUUGAGUAAUGAUAUGUCAAUAUUUUUGUGACUGACCCAAGAGCGGAGGUAUAAUAUAGAGACACCUUUUUUUACCGUAGUGGACUAUUUAUUAUAAUUAUGAGGAAAAGUUUAAUGACUCGUAUCAUGGGGCAUGUUACAAAGUUCCACGACGUAUGGUUCUUGCCUCAAAUAAAACACAUUCCAACAACAAGGGUGAAAACGAUGAUGACGACGAAGACUUGGAAGCGCUGCGGAUGGCUGCACUUCAGUCGUUACGUACAAAGAAUAAUCUCAAACCAGACCUGCAAGUUCGGUCGCGUGCUAAAAUAAAUACCCAACAAAUUGCACAACCAUGUACAUUUUAUAAAGGGCAACGACCAAAUAGACUGACCUACCGCCAGCCUCAAUUAGCAAGACAAAAUGGGAAUCUAUACUUUCAAAAGCACCGAAACCCAAACCUAAUCGCCAUAGUACCAGUCGAAGAAGACAUUUUGUUGUCAACAGAACCUCUUAGGAAGCCACAGGAUAUAGGGUCAACUAUGCAAAAUCAGACAUCUGAUGAAUCAAAAUUCUGUAGAUAUAAGGAUAAUGCCAGUUGUUCAGAUGAAGACGAUGAGGGAGAUCGCACCGGCAGUACCUCAGCCAAACUUAAAGUAGAACCAAGGCAAGAUAGAGGGGUUAUUACAAUUAGCAAUGAGCUCGGUGAUGCAGACAAUUUGAGCACACAUAGUGAAAGUCCACAGCAUAGUGAGAGCGAUGAAAAAGAGGAAGACGAUGACGAUGUGCUUUUGAUGGCGGAUCUGGAAGAGGAAGAUAGCCUAGAACGACUGAUGGAUGAAAUGGAGAAAGAAAUGAGUAUAGACAAGGCUGAUAUGAUAGAAAAAAUGCAUCCAAAAAUAGAGAGCAGGAGUACUAGAGAUGAGGAGGUGAGUAAAAAGCAACAGGCUAAAUCGAAAUUAGAACUAAGGAGGACAAACAGGAGUAGUAGUCCGUUGGUACACUCUUCAAUUUCCAGUGUACUAAAAAACGAACCAAGACCUAUGUCUCCUUACAAUGCGAGCUGGCCUACGCACAGGCGUGGAUCGUUAUCCCCAAAACCACGAUCUAGGAAAAAAUCACCCAAACGUUCACCUAGAAGAUCUCCUCCCAGACUAACUAGAAAACUCCAGAGUGAUGGCGGAAGAGAUUUGCGAUUUAGAUCUCCCAAGAAAUCUCCAUCUCAUUUCUCACCAAGACCCAGAUUGUCACCUAGACUCUCACCUAGAAGAUCGCCCAGAAGGUCACCGCUGAAAAGAACCCCGCCGAGAUUAUCACCCAGGUUGUCUCCACGUCCUAAGUCACCGAAAACGCCUCCACGUUGCCGAUCACGAUCACCUGGAAUAUCGCUGCGUCUGCCACGUUCUAGAUCACCCAGGUCGUCUCCACGACGAUCACCUCAGAGUCGAUUGUCGCCUCGGAAAUUUUCGCCAAGACCGAGGUCUCCGAAACUCUCUCCCCGGCUCAGAUCGCCACGGUUGACACCGCGUCACUUGUCACCGCGACCUAGGUCACCUAAAACGUCGCCACGGCGAAUGUCUCCAAGAUUGAAAACCCCCAGAACAUCGCCAAGACUUUCUCCAAGACGAAUAUCACCAAGAGUAAGAUCACCACGUUUUUCACCACAUCGAAGAAUGUCCCCUCAAUGUAAGUCACCUGCAGUAUCGCCACGUAGGUCGCCGUGGUCCUCUCCGCGAAAUUCACCUCGCCUUUCCCCACGGAGAAGAAAAUCGCCUAAAGAAUUGCCAAGAAAGAUAAAACCACGAUCUAACACUCCGUGCAAUCGCCAGAGUCCGCUCUCAAAAAGAGGGUUAUCACCAUCUUCCAAGGGUAAAGCCCCACCGGUUGAUCUCGUCAAAGGUAGGCCAAAACAAAAAGAUGAGUCUUAUGAAAAGGUUGCCCUAGUAGAUACAGCGAAGAGCACAGAUGGCAUUGUUAACGAUCCCGUACUGGAAGCUAGACGGAGAAAAUUUGAGUCAACCAAGCCAAUAGAUCCUAUCAAUGAGAAUAAAAAAAUUAAACUGAGUAGGAAAGAAUGCAGAAAGAAGAAAUCAGAUCUCCCACAUGAGACCCAAAUCGGUACAACCAAUACACGCACUCCACACAAGUUGAGUGAUGGUGACUGCGAGACGAUACAGAAUGACCUGUACCUGGGAGUUGACUUUGAGUUGGAAGAUUUGGAAGAACCGGUUGAAGACUCACCUGCAGCAACUAUUGCCAGUACAAUCAAUUUGUGCAGUGAAAUAGAGCCUGCAAAGUUGGAACGAGAGAAGCUUGUGAAGAAGAAAAAAAAGAAAGAUAAGGAACUUUAUCAGGUUCACAAAACAAAGGGUGAGUUGCCACUGUCGGAGCGUAUUGGGAAGGAAAAAAAGUGUAAGAAACGUAAGGAGGCGACCAAUGAUGUUCCAGCUGAAAAUUCAGAGACUGUUUUUGAAGACCUUAUAGUUGAGGAAGAAGAGGGAGACUUGCGAACCGAGCUAAGCAGGAGGCGAGCAGAAAGAUUGAAUAGAACUGGACCACUUCAUCAGCAAUCAGUUCGACUUGUUCAAUCUGCAUUCAAGGGCGUGGUUCGCGAAGUUGUGAAGAGUAAUGCCAAGAGUAUUCGAAAACAGCUAGUCAAAGUAGAUGAUAAACCAAAUCAAAACGAAGUGAGACGAGUGACUGUACUUCACAGACCAGUAACAGAGUUUCGUGAGACCGAAGAUGAGUCAACUGUUGAUUCAAAGGUUCCUAUCCGCUUCAGAUUAGGCCUGAACAAAUUGGGGCAGGACACUAGAGAAUCCAAGAUAUCGCGGAAGAAUUCCAAGAGACAAAGUCGCAAGGUAAAACACACAAACAAUUUAUCUUCGAUAGAUGCAGAAUAUUUAUGUUAACAUUACACAGUAACGGAAUUGAAUGGUUGUAUUAUACACAUCUACAAACGUCAAUUCUGAAUGGUUUUUUUAUACCACAAUUUUUAAGUAACAGACUUGUCUGUGUCUUCUUCAAGAAUGUAUCAUAAAGAUUUCCUUGAUCUAGGAAAGAACUGGUGUUUAGUUUAUAUGAAUUGCUUAAGGGGUUUUCCCCGCUGUGACUAGUGUCGAAACAGAUCAAUUUUCAGAAAUUGACUUCGGAAAAACUACUGAUGCCAUAUUAAUAAUUUCUUGACAACUCGUCAGCUCCUCAAUUCAUAUACACAUUAGGAAAAGCGCUCAAAAAAUUAGUGCUCAAACCUUGAACACAUUUUUCUCAAAACUAUGUUUGUUAAAACCGAGUACAUGAUAUCUUGAGCUGUAAUCGACUUGAAAUUUAGUAUACAAUAGUAUACAUACUCAAAGAAAUAGUACUUUUCGGUUGACGAACAAUGUUGCCCUUUUUCAUUUUUUGUUCAAAUAAUAAUAAUAAUGUAUUAAUAACAAUACAACAUAUUCAUGAGCUGAAAACGUUGAAGAGUCUUCGAGAAUUUUUUUCCCGUCACGAAAGAGGAAGAAAAAAAGCUUCAUCAGCCAAAUGCUAAUACAAUGUAGUUAGUAAGCUUUUUUUUUGUGUUUUUUUUUUUUUGUUUUUGUUUUGCCAGACCACCGAUACAUGCGAUAUCAUGUACACCAGUUGAUCGCGCACAAAAGCAUCGAAAGACACGAAGACGCAUAUCCUUAUCAAAUAGUAUUUUGUACGUCUCAACCUGUGCACGAGUUGAUAUAAAAAAGUUAUUAAUAUUGCAUCAGUAGUUUUUCCGAAAUUAAUUUCUGAAAAUUAGCCUGUAUUGACGCUUGUGACAGUGGAGUAACCCCUUGAUUAUGUUGCGCAUUCAAUACAUCUUCUUGUAUAGUUGAUGUAUACAGUACACAUUUGAAACAUGUCUGUCCAGAAUAGGUUAACCUGAUAUUGUUAUUUACGAGAUUUUACGAACUUCAGUUAUGUUAGGCAUAGCCGCGUAUUUAUUAUUGAUGUUACUAAUUGUACAAUCAAUUUAGUUGUAACAUGUACUUAUUUUUGUGCAACUUUCCCAGAUAAGAAUGUGCAACGUAAAUCAACAGUUGCUAAUUUGAACUAUUGGUUUAUUAAAUUAAAUGACAGAUCUGCAUAUUAGUUGAUUUCAAACAGCAUAGCUUGCAGUAAAAAAGACAUUUGAACGGUUGAUUAAAAUACAAUCCACUUUGUUGUAGACAAAGAUAAUUUUUCCGCAGCUGCUAAGAUACAAAAUGAAAAUCUUGCAACACGUUUUCACUGCCUACAAAUAUUUUGAAUUUAGAAACGUAUACAGACAUAUGCAUAUUUAAAUUGUAUAUAACUUGUGUAUGACUGGUACAAAAAUUCUGUGAUUUAAAUCUGAAAGCGUCUAGGGAUUAUUCUGUACAAUAUUAGUAAUGUAAUAUUUGAACGCUCUAACCCCACAGUCCCACAAGUUAGCUGUAAGAACAUGGUUAGAAAUAAAUGUGAUAUAUCUUUUUUGUUUAGGAAUAAUCUUAACGAACGAUCGCCCGAUCGUAUAUUUAUACGAAGAAAGAGUAGCUGUUCACCUUACCUCAUUAUGUUAUCAGCCUUAGAGGAAUAAGUUCAGCAAAUAUAGCAUUGUGUAACCAGUUAAAACUGCACGGUAAAUUUAACCUCCAGUUGCUGGAAUGUGCGGAAAGAAAAAUUAAUGACAAUAGCAGAGUUUUAGUGACCUACAUCUGUUGUAUUUAGUUAUUUAUUCUUACUCUAUAUUGCUUAUGCUGGUGAUCAAGUACGGCUAUUUGCUAUCGCAAAAGAUGUAUAAAUAAUUCACAUCACUCGACCAUUAAAUAAAUAACGAUGUAAUGAUAUUCAGAAUCAAGUUUGUGAACCUGAACGAAUCUGACUAAAUUAAGGAAGUUGUAAAAAUCAAGUGAUUAUUUCAAUUAGAAUUGAAAUUUAGAAAAAAAUUUGUCUACACUGAUUAACCCUGUAGAUAAUUACAUUAAUAAAAUAUUUAUUGCAAGUCGAAUUUAAGAAUUUAUGCAAGCAAGCCAUUAGUUCUAUAACGUUGAUAAUAAACAAAGCUAUGAGAUAUAUGAGAUUGCAAACCCUUUGUUUAACUUUGUUAAGUAUCAAUUCCCUUGUGAGGGUGGACAACAAGUAGAAUAUUUUUAAGAGAAAAAUUUUGUACUCGAUCUCAGAAUAAGAUAAGUUUACUCUGAUUGAUUAUUUUUUUACUUGCGUCUGGCUUGUGCUAAACGAGGUAAAAAAAAGUAGGCCUGUCUUGAACAAGCAGAGUUAUUACUUAUUAGGAUUUAUUACCAUAUAUUCUAUAAAGUGAUAUGUUCAUAACACUAGAGAUUUAUAGUAUCGUAGUAGCAGUUACAGAUAAUGAAUCCUAUCUUCACAGAAAUAAUUCCAAAUAUUUCAAUCCCAGUUUAGUACAGCUUUUGAAGAUUGUCAAAAUGAACGAAGUUUUAUACAGGCCAUUUCAGCAUUUCCAUCGAAUCAUCAAUUGUAUAUAGCAUUUGAUCUUCAUUACGAUACAUAUAUUGUCUCAUGCGCAUUGAUUAUAAUAAAUUAGCCAACGAUUCUGUUUUAUACCGUAGUUAUUGUGAUUCCCACUGCCUAAAUUAUGUAUUAGUAGUUAUCACAUUGCCAGUGGUCGAAACUUUGGCCGCCAAUCACUAUUUGUACCUGUAGAAGUGAGUUUGAUCAUAUUUGGGUAACAGUACGCAUAUUAAUAUUCGAAUUUAUUAGUAACAACAAUGGCUGAUUAAUCUUGCUUUACAGGAUUAAGAAAUUGAUAAGUCCUUGCAUAGGUCGAUUCCUUGUAUAAAAAAAAAUUGAAAUGCAAGUUCCUUCUGAGAAAGUUCGAGGUACGAGUAGCUUUUAAGCUGUUGUUUACCAAUAACAAAUUACGUUUAUGAAUAGGUUCACUGUCCUAGCCAUGCUCCAGCCAAAAGACGCCUCUCAUUGGUCAACGCAAAUAACUUUCAAUGCGAAUAUUACGGUAAAUUACUUAACUGUUAAACUUUUCGAAAAGGCUCUUUAUUUGUGUUUUUUAGGUAUAAAUUGAUCAGUCCAAAGAUUCUCGUCAAUGAUUCCGUUCAUUAGAAGCGGCAUAAGUAAUAGCUAUGAGAUUUUCCAUUCAUUUUUUAGAAAUAACAAAUGAGUCAGUGUAUACUUCUGACCAGUAGUAGAUUGCGCAUCAAGGAGGUAAAGUAGGUCUUUCUACACUAAGCGUAAAUUUGCAAUGCAAGCCAAAGACAAAUAUUGUAAACAUGUGAGGCGUAAAAAGACUGCCUCCAUGGUGCAUGUGAUACUUUAUGAAACAAAGGUACGAUUUACACGGUUUCUUUUUUAUCGCAAAGCACAAAAAAAAACAUUUCGUAGUACAAAGACAUAAAACUACCGUUUCUUAGACUGUUCAGAGUCUUUUUUGAACUGUCGCAAAAAUAAUUACUUUAAGUAACGAACAUAGGCAAUAAAAUUCGUAAACCAUACUUGCGUCACGUAACACAUUAUAUUGUGUACGUUUUUUAAAACUAUCAACCAUUUCUUGGUUGCUGAUUGAUGAUUCCGUCAAAAAGUUUUAUCAAGUGUAGUUAACUAUGAAAUUAUGAUAGUUUCUGGUAACUAAUGUACUUCUUUUACUGCUAAAGAUCAUCGGUUACUUGAUACUGAAAUGUUCACAGCGCGUAAAUAUAAUGUAUUUACCUGUAAUCAAAUUUUACCAGUAAUUGUUGUUAAUUAUAGGUGCAACAUGUCACUCAAAUCACAGUGAUACGACACACCUCAAAAAUAAUUGUAAAUAAUUAAACCUCUUAUUUCAGAGAAUGAAUAAAAUAUUUUUUCAUUUAACCUUGCGUUAGUUCUUCAUCCAGUUUUGAAAAGCAGCGUUUGAGGUUUUUCAGAGAGAUGUCUCAAAUCCAUGUACCUGCAAAGGCAAUAACAAGUCAAAAACGUGUGGGAAACAAACGUGAAAUCAACAAAGUUUUCACCCGGACUACAGAGUAUAUGACACUUUGUAGUUUGCCACUCGACACUGCAUAGUUUCGCAUGAUUUCGCAUUUGUGCAGGUAGAGCGCAAGUGCAGUCUGUAAUAAUAUGGACCAAUGAAGUUUUCAAAAAGAAUCCCACAUUGGUGGAGGGGACUGUAAAAAAUAUCCCACACGACCCGGAUCUACAAACUCAAAUCUAUGCACCUGGUUAAAAAAGUUCGAAAACAAAAUAGGUGAUAAUAAAGUUUAUUAGAUUAUGUAUAUGUGUUUGGAUACUUGUCUCAUUAUUUUUUAUCAGUUUAUACAUAAAGUAAGUAAAAAAACACAUUACGGAGUAAAAUCACUAAAACCAAAGAGAAUAGUUGAUUGAAACUAUUCAGUUUAUAGGGGUUGCUGGAACGAAUGAUCAAGGAAAACACGAUAGGACAAAAUUUGAAGCAAAGAUUCAUCGCAUUUCCUUAAGAAUAAAGUCAUUUGCCUAUCCACUAUGAUCACAGUUAUAAUUAGCGUAUGCAUUAUUAGAUGAGUUAUUACUUAUUAAUCAUAAUUACUGUAUACGUGUAUAGUGUAUAUUUAUAGGUAUUCUAUAAUACGUGUGUUAUGUAUUUACAACGUGGUUAUAAACAAGUAUUUUCACAAAAUUAAAUACAAUCUGGUUUGAAAAUCUAUGACUAGCAGUACAUCAAUAUGUCUAUCAACUUACUAGUCUCAAAUUCUUCAUAAUGCUAUGAAAUAACAUUUAUUACGAGGUGCAAUAGAAAUGAAGCUACAAGGACUUUAAUUUGCCUAGUAUUAAUAGACUAACAGAUAAAUAAUAUAUAGAGUA